AUGGCGGACCGACAGGCAGUCCAACAGAACCUCAAUGGUCUGCUCUCAAAACUGGAUGAUCCAGAUCCUGACAUGAGGUACAUGUCGCUGAACGAUCUUCUGAGCAUUCUCAACAGCCCCACCUCAGCAUAUUUGGCUCACGAUCAGUUUUCUUCAUCACGGCUGGCCGACGGCUUGCUCAAUGCCUUGGAUGAUCAACACGGCGAUGUUCAAAAUCAAGCAUUGAAAUGUCUCGGUCCACUUGUGAAUCGGCUGCCUUCCGAAAGCCUCACUACCAUCCUCGAAAAGCUCUCGAACCUGACAGCAUCUCAGACCAUCGAUACCUCAGUUCCUAACACCGCUCUACGUGUCAUUGUCACCGCCCUUCCCCGUCCUCAGUCUGGGCAACCACCUACUCCAGAUGUCUCCAUGGCUUACUCCUCUGUCUCCAAAAUACUGAUCCCUCGCUUGACCGGUCCUACACCAUCUCAAUCUGGCAGAAGAGGCUCCGUCAUCAAGGGCAUGCUAGAGAAAGAUACUUCCAAGGGUUUUAGCAGCGAUGCGAUUGAUGUUCUGAUUCAGGUCGUCACCUGCUUCGGGCCACUUCUCAAGGAGGCCGAGUUAACGGCUCUCCAGAAAUCAGUGAUGUCCAUCAUCGACAACGACACUGCUGGUACCGUAGUUACGAAAAGAGCGCUGGCCGCCAUUUCCGCCUUGGUACCUCAUUUCUCCGAGGCUCAGUUCAGCUCGUUCGUUGACGAACUCGUUAAGAGGUUCAAUAAUCCACAAAUUAGCGUCGUGCACCGAAGGCACCUCAUUGCCACAGUCGGUAGCGUCGCAAGGAGCAGCCCGACCAAGUUCGGUCCCCAUCUUCCAACACUCGCUCCGUUUGUUUUUGCUACCGUUGGUGAAGUUAUCGCGACUUAG